AUGUUGAGGAAUCCGCUCUGUAGAGCUAGUUCACAGGUGCUCCGCGGUGCUCGAUGCUCCGCAGCUCUGUCAAGAAGCUCCAUCCCGACAGUCUCUGCCCGAACGUCAUCAUGGAAGCUCGCCGCCGUCCGCCGUCCGCUGGCUGCGACGGCCGCGAGGUCCUACGCAACUGAUGCCCUCCACUCGCCGCCGGACCCGAGUGACAACUUUCUGUCUGGAGGCGCUGCCAAUUACAUUGAUGAGAUGUACAUGCAGUGGAAGCAGGAUCCCAAGAGUGUUCACGUGUCCUGGCAGGUCUAUUUCAAGAACAUGGAAAGUGGCGACAUGCCCAUUUCCCAGGCUUUUCAGCCGCCGCCAAACUUGGUUCCAAACAUGACUGGGGGCGUGCCCCGUCUUGCCGGCAACCUAGCACUUGAUGAUGGCUCUGAUGUUACAAAUCAUCUGAAAGUGCAGCUGCUCGUCCGCGCCUACCAGGCCCGUGGCCAUCACAAGGCCAACAUUGAUCCUCUUGGUAUCAGGAACACUGCUGAGGGCUUUGGUAACAUCAAGCCCAAAGAGCUGACCCUCGAACACUAUGGAUUCACCGAAGCCGACCUUGACACCGAAUAUACCCUGGGACCCGGUAUUUUGCCUCGAUUCAAACGCGAAGGCCGUGAUAAGAUGACACUCCGAGAAAUUGUGGCCGCUUGUGAGAGGAUCUACGCCGGAUCCUGGGGUGUCGAGUUCAUUCACAUUCCCGAUCGCGAGAAGUGCGACUGGCUGCGUGAGCGUCUCGAAGUUCCCCAGCCGUUCAAGUACUCCAUUGACGAGAAGCGUCGCGUCCUUGAUCGGCUUAUUUGGAGUUCCAGCUUCGAGUCUUUCCUGGCAACCAAGUAUCCUAAUGAUAAGCGGUUUGGGCUGGAGGGCUGCGAGACCCUUGUCCCUGGUAUGAAGGCUUUGAUUGACCGCAGUGUGGAUUAUGGUGUCAAGGACAUCGUCAUUGGCAUGCCUCACCGUGGUCGUCUCAACGUUCUCAGCAACGUUGUGCGCAAACCGAACGAAUCGAUCUUUUCAGAAUUUGCUGGUACACUAGGUGCUGAGGACGAGGGUUCAGGCGAUGUCAAGUACCACUUGGGAAUGAACUUUGAGCGUCCUACUCCGUCAGGUAAACGCGUUCAGCUCUCACUGGUCGCAAACCCUUCUCACUUGGAAGCCGAAGACCCUGUUGUCCUGGGCAAGACUCGAGCUAUCCAGCACUACAAUAAUGAUGAGAAGACCCACAGAACCGCCAUGGGGGUUCUCCUGCAUGGUGAUGCUGCCUUUGCUGCCCAGGGCAUUGUUUACGAAUGUUUGGGUUUCCACUCCCUACCUGCCUUCUCAACUGGGGGCACGAUUCAUCUUGUUGUGAACAACCAAAUUGGCUUCACAACUGACCCUCGAUUCGCCCGCUCUACAGCCUACUGCACUGACAUUGCCAAGGCUAUCGACGCCCCUGUCUUCCACGUCAAUGCCGAUGACGUCGAAGCUGUCAACUUUGUUUGCCAGCUGGCUGCUGACUGGCGUGCCGAGUUCCAGCACGAUGUUGUCAUUGACUUAAUCUGCUACCGAAAGCAUGGCCACAACGAAACGGAUCAGCCGUCGUUCACCCAACCCCUCAUGUACAAGAGAAUUCAGCAGAAGGAGCCUCAGAUUGACGUCUAUGUCAACAAGCUUUUACGAGAAGGCACUUUCACAAAGGAAGAUAUUGAAGAGCACAAACAAUGGGUUUGGGGUAUGCUUGAAGAGAGCUUUGACAAGUCCAAGGACUACACUCCCACCUCCAAGGAGUGGACUACUUCUGCGUGGAAUGGCUUCAAGUCCCCCAAGGAGCUAGCUACGGAGAUCCUCCCUCACCACGCUACUGGUGUGGACAGUAAGACUCUAGACCACGUUGGCGAAGUCAUUGGCUCUGCCCCUGAAGGUUUCCAGAUUCAUCGUAACCUGAAGCGCAUUCUCACCAACCGGACUAAGUCUGUUGUUGAAGGAAAGAAUAUUGAUUUCCCUACCGCGGAGGCUCUAGCGUUUGGUACCUUGGUCACUGAAGGAUACCACGUUCGUGUUUCUGGCCAAGAUGUUGAGCGAGGCACAUUCUCUCAGCGUCAUGCCGUCUUCCAUGAACAAGAGAACGAGAAGACAUACACCCCACUGCAGCACAUUAGUAAGGACCAGGGCAAAUUUGUCAUCUCCAACUCCUCCCUGAGUGAGUUUGGUGCCCUUGGGUUCGAGUACGGUUACUCCCUGCAGUCACCCAAUGCCCUGGUUAUGUGGGAAGCCCAGUUCGGUGACUUUGCCAACAAUGCUCAGUGUAUCAUCGACCAGUUUAUUGCCUCUGGAGAAGUGAAGUGGAUGCAGCGAACUGGUCUUGUUAUGUCUCUCCCUCACGGGUAUGAUGGUCAAGGCCCCGAGCACUCGUCUGGUCGUCUGGAACGUUAUCUCCAGUUGUCCAACGAGGAUCCUCGUAUUUUCCCGACUGAGGAGAAGCUUGCGAGACAGCACCAAGACUGCAACAUGCAGAUUGCCUACAUGACAACCCCAGCCAACUUGUUCCAUGUUCUGCGCCGACAGAUGCACCGACAGUUCCGAAAGCCUCUUGUCAUAUUUUUCUCCAAGUCUUUGCUCCGCCACCCGCUCGCUCGCUCAAAUAUUGAGGAUUUCAGUGGCGAGGAUGCUGGCUUCCAGUGGAUUAUCCCUGAUCCUGAGCAUCAAACUGGUGCAAUCAAGGCCCCUGAAGAGAUUGACCGUGUCAUUCUGUGCACUGGUCAGGUCUGGGCUGCCCUACAUAAGUACCGAGCCGACAACAAGGUUGACAACGUGGCUUUCACCCGCAUCGAGCAGCUAAACCCAUUCCCUUGGCAGCAGCUGAAGGAGAACCUCGACAUGUACCCUAACGCCAAAACCAUUGUCUGGGCUCAGGAGGAACCUCUCAACGCUGGUGCUUGGAGCUUCACCCAACCCCGCAUUGAGACUCUUCUCAACCAGACCCAGUACCACGACCGAAAACAUGUCAUGUACGCUGGCCGUAAUCCGAGUGCGUCUGUUGCCACUGGCGCGAAACAUCUGCACAAGAAAGAAGAAGAGGAUUUCUUGGAAAUGGCUUUCACCGUGAAGCAGGACAAGCUGAAGGGCGAGUAA